AUGGGCAAACGUAAAGACAAGUCGCAUAAAUCGUCAUCAAAGAAAGUAAAAUACGAUUACGAAGAAGAGGAAACAACAAUCCUACCGCUCUCUUCUAUGCUUGACAGUCUCUUGUCAAUGUAUCCCGAUGAUUCAGAUCAGUUGAAGAAUUUAUUUGAAGAUUUAGAUGAUGGAUGUUUGGUUAAUAUUUGUGAAAUUGAAGAUCGAUCUGUUCGAAAUAUUCUCGAAGAUAUGUUUAGCUCUCAUUUCAAACUCCGGAAAGACAAAGAGACAAAAGAAUAUUACAAAUCAUCAUCGUCGCCAUCAUCACUCGUUGAAAUUUUUGAUAAAUAUUUACAGGAAAAUCAAUUACAACAUGGCUCAAAACCAAAAUCAUUACUCGAGGCACACCUGAUUGAAAAAGCAAAUAGUAAAUCUGAAAUUGAACGAAGAGAUUUGGAAAGUAAAGGAUUUUUGACAUGGAAUAGAGAUAGAGAUAUGGAAAACCCAACAACUGCUGUGGAUAGAAAACGACUUUUGGAUGUAGCCAAUAAUGCAUCUAAAUUUUCACAAAAAUUUACAUCAAGGAUGGAGACAAAAUUCCUCUAA